AUGUUUGAAAAUACUGAACAACACCAAACCGUCGGCCGAUUCUUUUCCCGAGAGGGUAGGGUUCGUUGGAGCGCUGACGCGCGGCCGCUCUGCCCGGCAGACGACCGGAACCGGCGCAACCUGGAGACGGUGGAGAGCGCGCUGCUGGUGCUGUGCCUGGACCGGCCGCUGCCCGCCAGCUUCAACGCGCGCCCGGUGCGCGGCGCGGGCGUCGGCCACUCGGCGGGGCCCCGCGACGAGACCAACAUGGCGCACCAGAUGCUGCACGGCGGCGGCAGCGCCGCCAACGGCGCCAACCGCUGGUUCGACAAGACCAUGCAGCUGGUGGUGUCGCUGGACGGCGCGUGCGGGCUGUGCUACGAGCACUCGCCGGCCGAGGGGGUGGCGGUGGUGCAGCUGGUGGAGCAGGCGUACCGGGCGCGCCGACGCGCCGCCUGGCGCCGCCCAGCCGCCGCCAGCCGGUGCGGCGCGCCUCCACCCGCUCCGAGGAGCUGCCGGCCGCCGCCGCAGCAUGCUCCGGUGGCGCGUCCCGCCGCA